CAAGGAUGGGGACAUCGAGGUUGGCACCUCAAAGAUGGAGUCACCAAGGAUGGGGCCACCAACGAUUCAGACCCUCAAAGAUGUGGUCAUCAAGGAGGGGAUCCCAAAGAUGGAGUCACCAAGGAGGGGAUCCCAAAGAUGGAGACACCAAGGAUGGGGACACCAAGGUUGGCACCCCAAAGAUGGAGUCACCAAGGAGGGGAUCCCAAAGAUGGAGACACCAACGAUGGGGACACCAAGGUUGGGGAUCCCAAAGAUGGAGACACCAAGGAUGGGGACACCAAGGUUGGCACUCCAAAGAUGGAGUCACCAAGAAUGGGGCCACCAACGAUUCAGACCCCCCAAAGAUGGAGACACCAACGAUGGGGACACCAAGGUUGGGGAUCCCAAAGAUGGAGACACCAAGGAUGGGGACAUCAAGGUUGGCACCUCAAAGAUGGAGUCACCAAGGAUGGGGCCACCAACGAUUCAGACCUUCAAAGAUGUGGUCACCAAGGAGGGGAGCCCAAAGAUGGAGUCACCAAGGAUGGGGCCACCAACGAUUCAGACCCCCCAAAGAUGGAGACACCAACGAUGGGGACACCAAGGUUGGGGAUCCCAAAGAUGGGGACACCAAGGAUGGGGCCACCAAGGUUGGCACCCCAAAGAUGGAGUCACCAAGGAUGGGGCCACCAACGAUUCAGACCCCCCAAAGAUGGAAACACCAACGAUGGGGACAUCAAGGUUGGGGAUCCCAUGGAUGGGACCUCAAAGAUGGGGAAACCACCAACAAUUCAGACCCCCAAUGAUGGGGUCACCAAGGAGGGGAUCCCAAGAUGGAGACACCAAGGAUGGGGACACCAAGGUUGAAGACCCCAAAGAUGGGGGCACCAAUGAUUCAGUUCCCCAAAGACAGGAACCCCAUGGUUGGGGACCCCAAGGAGGGGAUCCCAAAGAUGGGGACACCAAGGAUGGGGACACCACCCCCCCCAAAGAUGGGACCCCAUGGUUGGGGACUCCAAGGAAGGGAGCCCAAAGAUGGGGACACCAAGGAUGGAGCCAUCAAAGAUGGGGUCACCAAGAUUGGGUCCCAAGGAGGGGAUCCCAAAGAUGGAGACACCAAGGUUGGGGGACCUCAAAGAGGGGACCCCAAAGACAAGGACCCUAUGGUUGAAGACCCUCAAGGAUGGGGACACCAAGGUUGGAGACCCCACAGAUGGGACUCCAGGGAUGGGACCCCAAAAAUGGGGACACCAAGGAUGGAGACAUCAAAGAUGGGGACACCAAGAUUGGACCCCAAGGAGGAGAUCCCAAAGAUGGAGACACCAAGGUUGGGGGACCUCAAAGAGGGGACCCCAAAGACAAGGACCCUAUGGUUGAAAACCCUCAAAGAUGGGGACACCAAGGUUGGAGACAUCAAAGAUGGGGUCACCAAGAUUGGACCCCAAGGAGGGGAUCCCAAAGAUGGAGACACCAAGGUUGGGGGACCUCAAAGAGGGGACCCCAAAGACAAGGACCCUGUGGUUGGGGACCCCCCCAAGGAUGGGGACACCAAGGUUGGAGACCCCAAAGAUGGGACUCCAUGGAUGGGACCCCAAAAAUGGGGACACCAAGGCUGGGGGACCUCAAAGAGGGGACCCCAAAGACAAGAACCCUAUGGUUGGAGACCCUCAAGGAUGGGGACACCAAGGAUGGAGACUCCAAAGAUGGGACUCCAGGGAUGGGACCCCAAAAAUGGGGACACCAAGGAUGGAGACAUCAAAGAUGGGGACACCAAGAUUGGACCCCAAGGAGGAGAUCCCAAAGAUGGAGACACCAAGGUUGGGGGACCUCAAAGAUGGGACCCCAAAGACAAGAACCCUGUGGUUGGAGACCCUCAAGGAUGGGGACACCAAGGUUGGAGACCCCAAAGAUGGGACUCCAGGGAUGGGACCCCAAAAAUGGGGACCCCCAAAGGUUGGGGACCUGGGGCCUUGGGUGGGGGUGAUUUUUCCCCCCAAUUUAAGGGUGAAAAGCAGGUUUUUGGGGGGGCUGACCCCCCCCCGGGCACAGGGCGAGGGGGGGCUAUUUAUAAAGAGAAACUAAAAUAA